UGGCUGCUGGCGAGGUGGGUACCGUGUGAUAAGGGGCCCCUGACUGCAUGUUUGUGUUACCUGGACGAAGAAACAAGAGGGAGUGAGUGGACGCUGGGAACAAAUAAGAAUUGUUUUUAGGAAGGUACUCACACACUGAAGACUUAACAAGCACCAGUUGCAGCUUGAAGGUACAGGAUGGAAAGAAGGAUCAAGCUGAGGACACUAAAUGAGCACAUUGUGUGUGCCAUCUGCUCAGGCUACCUUGUGGAUGCCACCACUGUUACAGAGUGUCUGCACACCUUCUGUAAAUCAUGCCUGGUGAAGCACCUUGAAGAGCGCAACACCUGUCCCACCUGUGACAUUGUCAUUCACCAGUCCCACCCACUCAACUAUAUUGCCUUUGAUCGCACCAUGCAAGACAUUGUGUGCAAGCUAGUGCCCAUGCUGCAGGAGGAUGAACUGAAGAGAGAAAGGGAGUUUUAUCGUGCACGAGGUGAGGUGUGCCCGAAGGACCUGCCGCAGGCCAAUGAGGAGGAUUCCCAGCAGGAUGACAAGGCUGUCAAUGACACAGACUACCAUCGUCUUGAUGAACAGGUCAACAUUUGCCUGGAGUGCAAAUAUCCCACUCUGGCACCACUCAAGAGGAGAUUCAUCCGAUGUUCAGCCCAGGCCACCAUUACCCACCUCAAGAAGUUUCUUGCCCUCAAAGUGCUGGAAGGACCACAAAAGUAUCGUGAGAUUGACAUAAUGUGCAACGAUGAAAUGCUCGGCAAGGACCACACGCUUAAGUUUGUGCAGGUAACAAGAUGGCGGUUCCGCAGUCCACCACUCAAGCUUUCCUACCGGCCAAGAAUAGAUAUAUGAGGGACUUUUUGUUACAGGACACUACUCUGAACACACACACACACACACACACAUCUUCACAUUUCCUAUUUAUGAGAGUCUGUAAGGAGAAAUUGUAUGAUAAAGAAAAAAAAGAGCUUGAUUUUUUUUGUAGAAAUAUUGAAGUAUGGUGAGUUUCAACUAAGAAAGACCAUUCAUUGUAAACUUUAAUUUUCUGUGUGUGUGUGUGUGUGUGUGUGUGUGUGUGUGUGUGUGUGUGUGUGUGUGUGUGUGUGUGUGUGUGUGUGUGUGUGUGUACAUGCUGAUGCUUGUGAAAUAGUGAAAGGUUCUUUUAUACACAGGGGAUGUGUCUUAAAUUUUUACAAAUAUAUUUUUUGAGUACAUAUAAGUGUUGUGUGGCAUAGUAUAGGAAUAACCCUUGUUGAUCUUUUGCCUCACACCACACAUUGAGCAUAACAUGAAGAUGUUUAAGUGAAAAGCAUGUAAGAAGCAUGACCAGGUGUAUGAAUGAGAUCAUACUCCAUUACCUUUGUGUUAGACUGACAUAUUGAAACUCAACUCAGACAUAAUGCAAUAAAGUUAUAAUAGAUUA